UGUAUUCUAAGUCCUAGGUAGGCAGCAAGUUUAUUCCCUUCACGGUCAUAGCAAAGACUCGGUGUUUAUAGCCGUCUUACAAUUAAAAUCCAAGUGCUUGACCAAGGUUACUUUUGCUAUUGUCCCCUGCCGGCAAUCGCUACGAUGCAGCCCCCAAUCAUAAUAAGCCUGUCUAUAGCCGUUUCGGAACCGAUGUGGGCUCUCCAGUUACAUAGUAACGCGGCGUCAUAAGCUAUUUAAGCCUGGCGAUGUAGAUGAAAUAGACCCUCAACAAAAGGUUGUUAAUUUCAGUAUUAAGAAGAUCAAUUUUGUUGGCGUACCCAUUUCUUACCAACAAUUAGUAGAUUGUACAAACAAUGCAGGCGCCUGCUGAGAGUCCGCGAUACUCCAAGACAUUACAUCAUGUGCCCAAAGCCAUGUCAGAGCUCUUAAGCUCCUACUCUGGUAUCCCUGAACAUGACCAGGUCUCCCAUAUCACGAAGCUCCGCGAUGCCGGAUACGCCCAGCACCCAUACCCUUGUAUGGGCACUUUCCGGUUCUUGGAUCUAGACCUCGCUCGCCAUGAGGCCUACAAAGAACACGUACUGGGUCCCCUUUGCCAACCCCUUACUCCCGGAAAACCAGAACCUCUCUUCCUCGACUGCGGAUGCUGCCUUGGGCAAGAGUUGCGUAAGCUGGCUGCAGAUGGUGUACCACCCCACCGGCUCUGGGCCAGCGACAUUGAACCAAAGUUCAUCGAGCUCGGCUUCGAGCUGUUUAGGGACGGGGAUAAGCUUCCACGAGAUCACUUCCUAUGCCCCGGAAAUGUCUUCGCGGACAGGGGAGACCUUACGGGAGAUCAGCUUGCAUCUCUCGAUGACAGGGUCACAAUCCUGAACAUCUCGGCCGUGUUCCACCUCUUCGACCUCGAAGAGCACAGGCGCAUUGUCGACCGCUGUCUGCGGCUCCUAAGGAAGGACACGGGCGCGCCUGUGCUCGUGCUCGGCACCCACGCCGGUAGCCGCGACGUUGCGGGCCCUCAGCACCUCUUUCGCGGUAAGCGGCACAUGUGCUUUCACAGUGGAGAGAGCUGGGAGACGCUCUGGCGCGAGGUGUGCGGACAGCCACAGUGGAAGGAUAAGAUCGCUGCUGUGGAGGUCAAGGCGAAGAUGUUUGCGCGCAUUCGAAAUGAGGGGCCUGAGGCUAAUGAUAUCAUCACUCUCUCUGAUAUGGAUUGGGAGAAAGACGGGAACCCUCUGCAGAUGUUUCAGGUUUGGGUCACUUUCAAGUCUGAUUCUUAGAGCAGUUGUCCAUAGACUCCCCCAAUUCACCAUUGAUGUGAUAGACGGCCGCCCCAAGAGUCUAAUGGCUUAGUUUAGUCUGGUAAACAAGGAGGUAUAAACAUAUAUUCGCCGGUAAAAUACAAUACCUCUCAGUAAGCUUUCGUCUUCUGAAAUCCCUAG